AUGGGUGAUGUUUUUAGCUCAAGGCCUGUUGUUAUGGCUUGCUUCAGGGUCUCUUCGGUGCUGGGAGCUCGUAGCCAAUCCCAAUCGUCCAAUCUGCGCCAGGGGUAUUGUCGCCAUGGCAACAACACUGGUCAGGCUGCCGGACAAUUGGCUUGGUGGAGCUUAACAGACAGGGGUGAUUUGCGGACCCCUUUCUGCGCGCCUGUUAUCUUAUCGCAAAGCCAACGGUUGCCCCACCAGUGCAGCGCUGGAAUCCGAACAUCGUCAUCUGUCACCACUCCGAGACGAAACCCCUUGACUGCCAGAGUUGUUGGCGCCAGCACAGCCAUGGCCACCGACACGUCAAAUGGGUUCCCCUGCGCCCUAACCCUCGACGUCCCUUUCCCCAAUGCGCGCCUCGCCUCGGUGGCGCUGCAGGCUCUCAGAGUUGACAAGGAGUUGUCAUCAUUAGUGAAGCGCAAUCUAUCCGCCGUCGCGACUGAGGGCUCAUUAGAUCCGACCGUCCUCCGAAUCGAAUACAAAGCCGCGACCAACCGCAUGCUGCGCGUCGCUGCCAACUCGUUCCUCGACAGCCUUGCUUUGGUGUUGGAGGUUCAAGAGGAGCUUGACGUAGAUGCGGUAGAGGCGAGACAGGCCGAAGGGACGAGCGGAUGA